AUGAAUCUUUUUCGAGUUCGCCGUCUCGUCGUCGUCGCCGUCGGCAGCGGCGCGCCAUCGGAGGCGCGAGAGAAAAAUAACAAAAAAAAGAGAGCCCCAGAGACCAGAAGGGUCCAGGACAGGUACGGCCAGCAUGCGCUCGCCCCGGACGAAAGCCGCGCGUCGAGGUGUGGUUCGGACCAGGGUACGACGCUGAGCGGCUUCGCCAUGGCGCAGCCGCGACGGUCUUCCAUCGCACCGCGGCACCGACAACGUUCAACGUCGCCGUCUUGGUGGUCUACCGUCGUGCUGGUGACGCUCUUCAUCCUCUUGUGCUUCUGCUGCCUCCCUCCAGGAUCGGAGGCAGUGGGCUCCGACAACAUGGCCAAACGCAAACCGGGCCGAGGCCGAGGAUCUAGAUGGUGGGGCCUGGCGUCGGGAGGUCCCGAGGAGCCCAACAACGCGGUGGUGGCCACGGCGCUGGGCAGUGCCGUGAUGAGCGGCACGCAGCUGCAGCUGAGCGUGCCGCUCAGGAGGAAGCAGCGGGGCCUGGUGCGCGCCAACCCGGGCUCCCUGCAGGCCAUCGCCAGGGGCAUGAGACUCGCGAUCGCCGAGUGCAAGCACCAGUUCCGCAAUCGGCGCUGGAACUGCCCCACGCCCGAGUACAUGCGCGGCAAGUCGCUCUUCGGAAAGAUCGUCCACAGGGGCUGCCGCGAGACGGCGUUCGUGUACGCGGUGACGAGCGCGGGCGUGGCGCACGCCGUGUCUCGGGCGUGCAGCGAGGGCGCCAUCGACACCUGCACCUGCGACUACCGGCAGCGGGGUCCUCCCUCGGGGCUCGACUGGCAGUGGGGCGGCUGCUCGGACAACGUGCACUUCGGCUACAAGUUCGCGCGAGCCUUCGUCGACGCCGCCGAGAGGGGGAGGGACCUGCGCUUCGUCAUCAACCUGCACAACAACGAAGCCGGCAGGCUGCAGGUGACGACCGAGACGCGGCGCGAGUGCAAGUGUCACGGCAUGUCCGGCAGCUGCACGGUGAAGACCUGCUGGAUGCGGCUUCCGUUGUUCCGUGACGUGGGCAACCAGCUGAAGGAACGCUUCGACGGCGCAUCGCGGGUGCUGCUCAGCAACCAGGGCAACAUCCGGGGCUUCCGGGGCCGCCGGCGCAAGGGGCAGCCGCGCUCGUUCCACUUGAAGCCCUUCUACCCGGACCACAGGCCGCCGUCGCGCAAGGACCUUGUGUAUUUCGAGAACUCGCCCGACUUCUGCGUGCCCAACGCUCGGCUCGGCGUGCACGGCACGCGGGGCCGUCACUGCAACGAGUCGUCGGCCGGCGUGGACGGCUGCGAGCUCAUGUGCUGCGGCCGCGGUCACCGGACCGAGGUCCGCGAGGACUUGGAGCGCUGCGCCUGCACGUUCCAUUGGUGCUGUCAGGUCAAGUGCAAGGUGUGCAAGGUUCGCCGCACCGUCCAUACGUGCCUGUGAAACGACCCGCCAAUGCCAGACACGGGAGGACGAUGGCCUGCCGAGUCUUCAGAGUGCUUUACAUGAAAGUUACUACACACGUCCAUGCCACUUGUUAGCUGCGCGCAUGCUAGCUAAGACCCAUCAGACGCAUUUGACGCGUGGCUUAACUAGCUCAUGUAAUUAUGGUGGAUGACCGAAGCUGGGUCAGUACAGAUGUUGUAAAGUUCUCUCUGGUGUGGACUGGUGGGCGCAUGAAGGGGCUCCUUGAUUGAGUUCAAAGGCUGCGCCUAGACGGCCCGUUGUGGAAUAGGCGCAUGCGCUUGUCGCCUUGCUCUUCUGGUCUCCUUGUCACCGCGACCUCCAGAUACGACUCCAUGUGACGGUGACGUGUUCUGAACUUGUGGAUCUCCAUCGCCUGUCCUGGUGGAACAGCUUGAAAGUGGAAAGCCGCUUCUUGGCGUGCACCUUCGUUUACAAGCUUUAUGUUACCAAGACUGUUUUCGUCCAUGCGCGCGAUUGUUGUCGACAGACCUGGCCGGUGAGCUGUUGUGGCAUGUGCCGAUGCACAUCGUGUGACAAGGAAUUGGUGACAGUUUGUGUUUAUAAUGGACCAAGUGGGGUAAAUUGUGAAGGGGGUGCUUCCCAGGAAGAUUGAAAACUGCUUUCUUCUUCUUCCCCUUCGCUUGCCGUGCACUUGUGUUACAAAUUGUGAAGCAUGGGGGAAUGAUGUGCCAUCUGUUUAUUACCAGCAUAUUUAUAUAGGAGGACCCAAUUUUGCGGAAAGGCGUAACUUAUUUGGGAGCACGCCACCACUUGGCAUGCUCAGAAGGCGCGCGUCGUGACCGAUGUUUUUUUUUUUUUCAUUCAACAAGUCCGGAUGAGUUUUGUUGAAACAAACAGCGUCGCCGCAUACGCAUAAAAAAAAGCCCUUAAGAUAGAAUUCCUUUUUAGAGUAGAUGCUAGCCAAUCUGCAUAUCGGAAGCAUUAUUAGCCGGCCAAUAUCAAACAAUGUUUAUGCAUAAAGAGCUCCGUAACACACACACACAUAUACAAA